GUUUGCAGUUCCCCGAAAACCAUCAAGCGAUUCACUGUAGUUCGCCUCGACACGCGACUUUCUUGUUUGUAUUUGUUUGUCUUCCCCGAUUUUAUACUUGUGAAAAAAUUGUAUAUUAUAAAUAAAUUCUGUUAAUCGUGAUUUCAAGAAGAUGAGCAUAUUGUCGAAGUUCGAAAAUGAUGGCUACGUCGUGUUGGAAGAUUUUCUUUCGCCUGACGAGGUGGAAGAGCUUAGAGCCGCUGGUGAAGCAUUCACGACAAACUUGCCGCCGGAAAAUGAAAGAAGAGUAUUCGAUAGCAUAAACUUUCCUCAAAACAAAGAUCUGUACUUCCUGGACAGUGCCCACAAGAUGAGCUACUUCUUCGAACCCGGAGCACUGGACCUUGACGGGAAACUCAAAGUUGACCCCAAGAUAUCAUUGAACAAGGUGGGACAUGCCCUUCAUUGGCUACAUCCUACGUUUAAAAAAAUCUCCUUCGACGACAGAGUGAAGGAUAUUGCGCGGAAACUUAACUUCCAAGAACCGGCAAUUUGCCAGUCUAUGUACAUUUACAAAAACCCCGGUAUUGGUUCUCAAGUGACCAUACAUCAGGACGUUACUUAUCUCUAUACGGAACCCACGCGACUCCUAGGCUACUGGAUAGCGCUGCAGGACGCUACGCUGGAGAACGGAUGCCUCUGGUUAGCACCAGGCUCUCACAAGGGCGAGGUACACUGGAGGUACAUGCGUAACAAGGAUCCGAAGUCCAACGAAUUACUCGUAUACGACACGCAGACGCCCUCCUGGCCCCAAAGCAAUUUCAAGGCCGUACCGGUGAAGCAAGGAACCUGCGUGCUCCUCCACGGAAAAAUCAUCCACUAUUCGGAACCUAACAAAAGUCAGAAGUCCCGCCACGCGUAUACGAUUCACGCGUACGAAACGAAGAACGUAGAGUUCUCGAAAGAAAACUGGAUUCAACCCCCGCAACCCGAGGGAUUUCCUUUGUUGUAUAAAAACUAACGUCCUUCAAGGCAUUCUUUAAAUUUUUACCCCCUAAUUAAGUGCGAUAAUUAUUUCAGUCAGUUUCAAUAUCUUGAAUGUCAAUGGUCGGGAAGAUCGAGACGAAACCAGUAUGGGGGACGCGCGUCAUAUCGAUAAGAUAACUGAAAUUCACAGCUCAAGUUUCAAUGUAUACGACUAGAGCAGAGUUUUAACACCAUUUCCAUGCAUUUCUUUUUGUAUAUUUAAUAAUUUGCACUUGGAUUUAUUAAUAUAUGUAUAAUAAAUAUAUCGUAUCUGUA